AUGCGUGAAGUGCUGAACAUCCUGUAUUGUCACGGCCUAGGAUCAUCGAUUAACAAUAGAGUGGGAACAGGACUUGUGGAAUACUUCAAAAAUACUCCUCAUUAUUUUGAGAGGUUGCUAUACAGAAAUCCUGGGUCUCGUCACGUGCCUUGGAAUGUUUCGGAAUGGAGGGAAGAUAUUGAGAAACGAGUGGACGGUAAUGAAUGGGUGGUGAUUGCAAGCAGUGCUGGCUGCCAUGCUGCGCUUAAUGCUGCAAAGAACCGUCAAAAUAAUAUAAAGGGACUAUUCCUGUUUUGCCCGGGCGUGUCUCUCACCUUCAACUACGUGAACACUCUCAUGCCUGGUGGAAGAGAUGCUCUCCAGUCUGGACGUAGCCUUAUUCAUCCUGCUUCACGUGGUGGCCAUGAAGCUCUGAUCAAUCGAGAGUGCUUGCAGCAUUACCUCGAUACGUGUGUGACGAAUACAGAAGGAUUGAUCGACAUUCGAUGUCCGGUUAGUAUAGUUCAUGGGACUAAAGAUGAGAUGGUGCCUUUCGAAAACUCGAUUUCACUAUCUAAACGCUUACGUUCGUCUGAAGUUGAACUGACCCUGGUACCAGAAGGAACCCACUUUUUAUCCGUGGAUCAACUAGUGACGAAAAAGUUGGACGUUUUCCUGGCGACCGUUUCCCGACACAAGGAAGGAUUGAGAAGAACAUCUUCCAAACUGUAG